AUGUUAAGGGCUAAUGCUUGGUGGAGUUCUUACCAGUACCUGAUUAUGGCGGCUAAAACGGGUGGAGCUGUACAAGUGCAUAAGAAUGACACUGUUAAACGCACAGCAAUGGCACGGACUGGCUUGGGCCGUGAAGGAAAGCCCAUUAGGUUGCUGUCAAACCACUUUGCUGUGAAGCUUAGUGGGAUUGAUUCGGUUUUCUACCAAUACAGUGUGUCCAUCAAAUCUGAUGACGAUCAGGUGGUUGAAGGCAAGGGCAUUGGCCGGAAGGUCAUCGAUAAAAUGUUGCAAACAUACAGUUCUGAGCUUGCUGGAAAGGAUUUUGCAUACGAUGGCGAGAAAUGUCUAUUUACUGUUGGACCUCUUCCACAGAACAACUUCGAGUUCACUGUUAUCAUGGAGGAAACAUCUGCAAGGGCUGUUGGUGGGAGUCCAGGACAUGAAAGCCCUGGCCCGGGUGACAAGAAACGAGUAAAGAGGUCACAUCUUCCAAAGCAGUUUGUAGUGGGUAUAAGCUACGCAGCAAGGAUUCCCCUCAAAUCAGUUGCCCUAGUGCUUCAAGGAAGCGACUCGGAUCAUGCCCAGGAUGCUCUGCGAGUCCUUGACAUUGUUUUAAGGCAACAGCAGGCUAAGCGAGGUUGCCUACUUGUUAGACAAUCAUUUUUUAGUGAUGACAGUAGAAAUUUAGUUGAUUUAACUGGUGGAGUCAGUGGUUGUCGUGGACUCCAUUCUAGCUUCCGUACUACAAUGAAUGGUUUAUCUUUAAACAUGGAUGUUUCGACUACUAUGAUUGUGACCCCUGGACCUGUUGUCAACUUCCUCCUUACAAAUCAAAAUGUCAGAGACGUUAGAGACAUUGACUGGCCCAAGGCAAAGAGAAUGUUGAAAAAUCUGAGAGUUAAAGCUACACACAACAACAUGGAAUUUAAGAUCAUUGGGCUUAGUGAUCAGCCUUGCUCUAGACAGACAUUUCCCAUGAAAGUUCGGAGUGGAAGCAGUGAAGGUCAAACUGUUGAUAUUACUGUUGAGGAAUAUUUUAAAUCCAAGCAGGUGUUUUUGGAGAAGCCUUAUCUGCCAUGUCUUGAUGUGGGAAAAUCGAAACGCCCAAAUUAUCUCCCAAUUGAGCUGGCGAACAUGAUAUCACUUCAACGUUAUACGAAGGCACUGUCUUCUCAGCAAAGAACGACGUUGGUUGAAAAAUCACGACAGAAACCUCAGGAUCGCAUGAGAGUUGUUACUGAUGCAGUAAAAAGUAACAGAUAUGAUGAUGACCCAAUCUUUUCUUCUUGUGGCAUUAAAAUUGAUAAUCAACUCACGCGUGUUGAGGGUCGUGUUCUGUCUGCACCAAUGUUGGUUGUGGGAAAUAGUCAAGAUUGUGUUCCAUUCAAGGGCAGGUGGAAUUAUAAUAACAAGAAACUAUUUGAGCCUGUCAGGAUUGAGCGUUGGGCAAUUGUGAACUUCUCUGCUCGUUGUGACAUGAGCCGGAUCUCAAGAGAUCUGAUAAACUGUGGACGAACCAAAGGCAUUAUCAUUGAAGGCCCUUACAGCCUGGUGGAUGAAGAUAACCAAGCUAGGAGAUGUGCUCCCAUUGUAAGAGUUGAAAGGAUGUUCGAAAAAGUUAAAGCAAACCUUCCUGGUCCUCCGGAAUUUCUGCUAUGUGUUUUACCAGAGAGGAAGAAUUGUGAUAUUUAUGGCCCAUGGAAGAAGAAAAAUCUUCAUGAGAUGGGUAUUGUCACUCAAUGCAUUGUUCCUAGUACUAAGAUGAAUGAUCAAUACUUCACCAAUGUUCUUCUAAAGAUCAAUGCUAAGCUUGGUGGAAUGAACUCUAAGCUGGCACUGGAGCAUAGCCGUAAGAUUCCAGUUAUCAAUAAGAUACCCACAAUAAUUUUGGGAAUGGAUGUUUCACAUGGUUCUCCAGGUCGAUCAGAUAUACCAUCAAUUGCUGCUGUUGUUGGAUCUAGAUGUUGGCCACUAAUAUCACGCUACAGGGCAUCUGUACGGACCCAGUCUCCAAAGGUUGAGAUGAUUGAUUCUCUUUUUAAGCCACUGGAUAAUGGAAAGGAUGAUGGUAUAAUAAGGGAACUUCUACUAGACUUCUACACAACCAGUCAACAAAGAAAGCCAGAGCAGAUAAUCAUCUUCAGGGAUGGUGUGAGUGAGUCUCAGUUUAGCCAAGUACUGAAUCUCGAGGUUGAUCAAAUAAUAAAGGCUUACCAGAAUAUGGGUCAGGGGCCACCUCCAAAGAUUACAGUUAUUAUUGCUCAAAAGAAUCACCACACGAAACUGUUCCAAGCUGACGCACCAGAUAAUGUUCCAGCUGGGACUGUAGUGGACAAGGGUAUUGUUCAUCCGAAACAGUAUGAUUUCUACAUGUGUGCUCAUGCGGGACCUAUAGGCACCUCAAGGCCCACCCAUUAUCAUGUCUUGCUUGAUCAGAUUGGUUUCUCACCAGAUGAACUCCAGAGCCUAGUUCUUUCCCUUUCCUAUGUGUACCAGAGGAGCACCACUGCAAUAUCUGUGGUGGCACCUAUCUGUUACGCCCACCUUGCAGCAGCGCAGAUGAGCCAGUUCAUAAAAUUCGAGGAGUUUGCUGAUACUUCAUCUGGGAGUGGUGUCCCUUCGUCGUCAACAGCAGCAACAGUCCCGGAACUGCCACGGCUGCAUGCUGAUGUGUGCAGUUCGAUGUUCUUCUGUUGA